CUAAUGACCAUAGAUGUACCAUAGAUACAUUUAUUAUAGAUAGAUGAUAAAAGUCUAUGUUGUGAAAUGCUGGUGCUGAAUGAUAUUUUACCUGUAAUGUUUUGUUCUGUGUUCCCUUUAAAGAAAGUCCGUGAACGCAUCCUGACCUUUCACCGCAGCUCGUUACCGGGAGCCCAGCUGACCGGCACGCGGUCGGUUUAACGGUUACCGGCUGUCACCGUUUACCGGAUCCGUUAACCUGUUGGAGCUAGCAGCUAAAGGCUAACGGCUAACGGAGAUGGAGGAGUUUCUAACGAGCUGCCACCGGGCCGUGAAGGAGAACCUGGUCCAGGGUCCAGGGUUCCACGUGGUUCUGGGUAAUGAGGCCUGUGACGUGGACUCCAUGGUGUCCGCUCUGGCCUACGCCUACUUCCUGUCACAGACGGUCCCCAGGGAGACGCUGCUCGUUCUGCCGCUGCUCAACAUCCGUCAGUCAGACCUGCUGCUGCGAUCAGACAACCUGUUCCUGCUCCGCCAGGCCGGGCUCAGUCCAGACCUCCUCCUCUUCAGGGACCAGCUGGACCUGAGAGCCCUGCAGCGAGCUGGACGCCUGCGGCUCACGCUGGUCGACCACAACGUGCUGCCCAGGUCGGACAGUGACCUGGAGGAGGAGGUGGUGGAGGUGAUAGACCACCACCUGUUGGAGAGGACACCUUCUCCCUCCUGUCCUGUUACCGUGGAGACGGUGGGAUCCUGUGCUACCUUGGUAACGGAACGUAUCAUCCAAAAAGCUCCACAGAUCCUGGACCAGCAGCUGGCUACUCUACUCUAUGCCACGGUGGUGCUGGACUGUGUGGACAUGUCUCCUGCUGCAGGGAAGGUGACUCCUAGAGACGUCCAUGUGGCUGCAGCUCUGGAGACCAGGUUCCCGUCGCUUCCACCGAGGGGCGCUCUGUUCAAGGAGCUGCAGGACGCCAAGUUUGACAUCUCAGGUCUGGACACAGAACAGAUGCUGUUGAAAGACAUGAAGGUGGUUUCUGGAAGUUUGAGUCUCGCUGUGUCUGUCCUCUACAUGACUAUGGAGGACUUCCUGCAGAGGGCGGAGUUGGAGGCGGAGCUUUCAGAUUUCUGUCAGAAGUUUGGUUUUGAUUUGCUGCUGCUGAUGUCAAUCUCCUUCACUGAGAGCAAAGAACCAAUCAGAGCGCUCGCUGUGUUCGGACAGAGCGCCACCUUCAGGGACCAGGUGGGCUGCUUCCUUGAGCAGGCCCGUAGCCCCGCCCUCGCCCUCCGUCCAAUCAGCAGCCUCCACCCACACAUCUCAGCCUAUCAGCAAGGAAACACGUUGGCGUCCCGGAAGAAGCUCCUCCCCCUCGUCAAGGACUUCCUGAAGGAAUGGGAUGGAGGCGGUUGCCGUGGUGAGGAGGAGGAUGACGAGGAGUCCCAGGUGCCCCCCACCCCGAUGAACAGCCUGGCGGACGGAUGUCCACUGGACGGAGGUCUCCCCCACAUCAGCCCCCAGGACCUGGAGGACAAGUUCAACAAGAUGGCCGACCUCUGACCCCCGACCCCCGACCCCCGACCUCUGACCCACUGACCCUCUGACCCACUGACCCUCUGACCCCCGACCCCCGACCCCCGACCCCCG